CGUGGAAAGGUUUCUGCACCUGAAUCUACCUUCUAUGUCAAUCUGUGCCUGCAUGGAAGUGUUUAUUAACUGUAUAUCUAUCCGAGAACUGAAAUAUCAUCAGUAGUUGCGAAGAAUCAGGUUACGACCGUCACGGCCAUGCCGCCUGAAACGUCUAUCAGCAACCAUGAUUCCGGUCCCCAAAAUGUCGUAAUUGGUAGCGGGCCUCAGUCUAACUUCAACGGUUCCGGCACGCAAAAUAACUACUACGGGGUCUUCCAAGAUACACAAGUCGUCCAGGCGAAUAAACUUCGGGAGGAAAAGAGAUGCUGUCUCAAGUCUCUUAGUUACCCUAGUAUGAACUCUCGACGAAAUAAAAUAGACAAUGCUCAUCCACAUACCUGCGACUGGCUAUUUGAGACUACUGAGUUCAAGCAAUGGCGGCGCGGUAGCAACCUACGAACCCAUAAGGGAGUCCUCUGGAUUAAAGGCAAGCCGGGGGCGGGCAAGUCGACACUGAUGAGCCACACUUUGUCUCACUGCGAAAAAGUUUUCAGCGACCACCUAAUCGUCGCGCACUUCUUCAACGGUCGUGGGGACCCUCUUGACACGACUCCUCUAGGUAUGAUGCGAUCGAUCGUAUAUCAACUCAUCAAUAAAGACAGUAUAUUGUGUGAAGCUUUUCUCGAAUUAUAUCGUGAGAAUCAGGAGCAGAACGGAGACCAGUUUCAGUGGCAGGAGUCUGAGCUGAAAACGUUCUUGAUAGCCAAGCAGUCAUAUUUCCGCUCAAAACCUCUCCUUUUUCUUGUCGACGCAGUGGACGAGUGCGGAGAAGAAGGAGCAAGAGACGUGGUCGGUUUCCUUGAAUCCUUGAGUGUCAAUGCUGCUCAUAUUGGCGUCGAGCUUAGGAUAUGCCUUUCAAGUCGUCCUUACCCCUGGGUCAGCAUGAAAAACAACCUCGAGCUAAUUGUGGAGGGAAGGCACGAACACGGCAUGGCUAUCGCUACGUAUGCGCGAGACAAUCUGAUUAUAGAAGAUCCAUCUAUCGAGCACCAGCUGCGACAGAAGGCGGGUGGUAUCUUCAUGUGGGUUGUUCUCGUUAUCACGAUGCUAAAUAAAGAAUACGAUGAAGGCCGACCUGAAGACAUGCAGAAGACACUAGACGAGAUACCUGGAGAUCUGGAAGGCAUUUUCGAGACGAUCUUAGAAAAGGUCAGUCCAAACAGGACCGAAUCCAUCAAUAUGCUCCAAUGGGUGCUGCUUAGCAAGCGGCCGUUGAUGCCAGAUGAGCUCUACAUGGCGGUGAUAGGGAAACCACUCCCGUCCCCCGAGACCAUCCGACGACGUAUCACUUCUUCGUCCAAGGGUCUUAUUGAGAUACGCAAGGAGUCCCACGGAGAAUUUGUGCAAUUCAUUCAUUUGUCGGUGAAAGAUUUCUUGUGCAAAAACAAGAGGCUCGAGAUGCUAGACCCAGCGUUGCAGCCAGAUGCCAUCAGUGCCAGUCACGCGUAUAUAUGGACCCAAUGCUGGUCUUAUAUCCAGCGUCAAAGUACUGUCUCGGCGGGCGAGGGAGAUGCGAGGGGCUCAGGCGUUGAUUCUCUCUUAACAUAUGUAGCGACUUACAUACUCGAUCACGCCGAUGGGGCGCUAUCGAAUGCCACAGUCGCCAGUCGAUUAGAUCACGACAUGUCGCACUGGCUAGCAGCGCGAGAUACUUGGGUUCACCAACUUGUGCCGGCCAAGGAUCUCGAACAAAGGGAUAAUCUUUACAAGUAUUGGCUAGACAACCUCACUCUCGGGCACGAGAAGCUCAUAUACAUCCUAAGCCUUUUUCCUUACCCCAAUCUGUUUAAUUUUGCUGUCGACAAAGGCGCCGACGUCAACGCGACUCUCUCCAAUGGUCGCACAUUGCUGCAGUUUGCUUUAGAACUUAAAGGGUACCAUUCGGUACAUUUACUUAUACGAAAAGGUGUCGAUGUGAACGGGCCGGGCGGACGAGCUGCGAACUUGCUACUAGUUGUUUCCCGGUCAGCUUACGAAAUAGCGGAGUUGCUUAUCGAGAAUGGUGUUAAUAUUCACGCCUGGAACACACCAUUUGGCAAUGCACUUCAGGCUGCUUGUUAUUGUGGGAACAGCCGACUAGUACAAUUACUUAUUGAGAAGGGUGUGGACAUAAACGCACGAGGCGGUCAAUUUGGCAGCGCCCUACAAGCUGCGAGUUCCAGUGGCCAUUACUCGAUAACAGAGCUCCUUCUACAAAGCGGUGCCAAUGUUAAUGCGCAAGGAGGCACGCACAGCCAUGCGCUACAAGCUGCGGUGUCAAUUGGCCAUUAUUCUAUAGCAGACUUACUUCUACAAAAGGGUGCCAACGUUAAUGCGCAAAGCAGACGUUAUGGCAACGCUCUACAAACUGCUUGUAAAAUUGGCAAUUACUCAAUAGUAGAGUUACUUCUGCAGAAGGGAGCCCAGGUUAAUGCGCAAGGUGGACAUUAUGGCAACGCUCUACAAACUGCUUGUAGAAAGGGCAAUUACUCAAUAGUAGAGUUACUUCUACAGAAGGGAGCCCAGGUUAAUGCGCAAGGCGGGCAUUAUGGCACUGCGCUACAAGCCGCAUCCGCUGCGGGCAACAGAAGAAUAGUCGAGUUGCUGCUUUCAAAUAGCGCCGAUGUUAAUGCCCUAGGGGGAGAAUACGGAGAUGCGCUACAUGCAGCAGCUUAUCAGGGAAAUGAUUAUAUAUUACUGCUUCUAUCGCGAUAUGGCGCCGUGCACGCUGAAAAUCUGGUUUCGCAAGAUGGUAAUAAUCUGUGUGAGCUAUGUGAACAACGAUGCAAGCAACGCAGAUUCUUACACUUAGAAUUUAAUUCUCCAUAUUUCAACCUAAAGUUAGCACUUUAGGGUUUUAAUAAUAGAUAACGAAAUCAGGAUUAAAGAGGGAAAU